AUGCGCGAUAAGAUGAGGGCGCUAGAUACUAAUAUCAAAGCUGACUUCGUAACGAAGCAUGAAAUGACACCAUCCGCCCCAUCAGCAUCUACUCAAAAGAGGUUUGGCUUUUUCAGCAGCAGUAAUAACGCCGACAAGGAGGCUGAAAAGGCCUCCGAAAGUGGAAGUCGAGGAAAGUCUAGCUCUAAGACACGGCCUCGAAGUCGUACGUUCACAACCAAGACCGACUCCUCGCCACUAAAGAAGAUGAAACCAGAAUCUACGUCUUCUUCCAAACGCCCUAAAUCUGUGGAUUUCUCCCGACCAUCAAGCUCCUCUUCUCGUGGAAUCUCUGCUUCUGUGCUUAGUUCCUUGCAAUACAUCCGGACACCCAAAGAUGCCGACGAACCUUCGGAUUUUGUUCAUUACCUCAAAGAAGUACAGAAGCCGGAGAUUGUCGAGAUUACAAAACUACACAAACUCCGCAUCUUGCUACGAAAUGAAACAGUAGCCUGGGUCCAAGAAUUCAUGUCCUGCGGUGGUAUGGAUGAACUCAUACAGCUACUUUACAGAAUUAUCAAAGUAGAAUGGAGAGAGGAACACGAAGAUACACUCAUGCAUGAAGUGCUACUAUGCUUGAAAGCAUUGUGCACGACCACACCGGCCCUAAACCACCUACGCUCCAUAGAAAGUCAUCUUUUCUCUACCUUAUUACAAAUGCUUUUCGACGAUGAUAAGAAAGGCCCCAGCGAAUUCAGCACUCGCGGAAUAAUUAUCAGCUUAUUAUUCACACUCCUCUCCACUGCUGGUCCUGAUGAGCAGGUAUCUCGUGCUCAUACUAUUCUCUCCUAUAUGCGCGACCCUGCACCACCAGAAACAGCACAACCACUCUCAUUUAUUGCCGAUAUCUACCAACCUCGACCAUACCGAGUCUGGUGCAAAGAAGUGACCAACGUUACUAAAGAAGUCUUCUGGAUGUUCCUACACCACUAUAAUGUUGUGCCAGUUACAGCAUUGGAAGAUGGACUUAUUGACCCUUCUCAGCCCUAUUCUAAAAGACAUUUCCCACCACCCCAUCCUCCUGUCCCUGCUGCUCCAUAUAUUGGAGGAGUCGAGUGGGAAGCUACCAGUUAUCUUGCAAAUCAUCUUGACCUCAUGAAUGGAAUCAUUGCAUCCAUGCCAACGGCUGAAGAACGCAACCUCCUCAGGACAGAUCUAAAAGCAUCUGGCUUUGAAAAAGUGAUGGGAAGAAGCCUUCGUACAUGCAAGGAACAAUUCUAUCCCGCACUUCAUGCCGGUCUGAAGGUCUGGGUUGCCGCAGCUGCUGAAGACGGAUGGGACUAUCAGUUCGUUCGCGAAGGACCUCCACGGGAUGCACCACCAAGCAGUCCCAUGAAGGCAACGGGCAAUCAGAGCCCAAAGAAGAAACCCGGAAUUGUGAGCGAAGCUCCACCACGGCUAGACUUGAAUGUGGGUGUUACAAGUCCAGACCAGAGAAAGUCAAGCGGUGAUUGGCUAUGA